ACGAUACAAGCAUUCAACAACCAAAUAGAUUCUUCACUUUUUCUAUCAUUUAUACUUGGUACUUGACCAAUGGUUACGAGCAUCAAAUUCAAUACUCGCAGCGACAGAAUGUACCAUUAUUGACCCGAUUAAAUAGCGAGCGCAUUGCAAAGGACACUACAAUCCAACCAUGGAGGGCCUCUUCACUCUGCUCGUUUUGAGCAUUGUGAUGGCUAUGACCUCCUUCGUCGUCGGUGCAUUGCCGCUCAGUUUCACUCUAUCUCCCUCACAGUCCCGAUUCAUCUCAUCCUUAGGCAUGGGCAUACUGGUCGGCACAGCGCUGGUGAUUAUCAUACCCGAAGGUGUUGAAACACUCUACAGUUCUCAAAAUUAUCGCUCGCAAUCGAGUCUUCAAACCGGGGGUCUGGAUGUUCGCUGGCAGCACAAAAGUUCACCCGCUCAUAUUCUACCGCCGAGAACCGUCCCAGAAAUUGAUGCUCUACCAGGCCCCGUCAUCCCGGAUGGUGCCUCUUCAUUUGGAGAUGCAGCAGCAGUGCCGCCAAAGACGCCAACAAAACCGGGAGAAGUGCAUGCCUUGGAUAUCGACCGGGACAUGGGCGCUGGUGACUCCCACGACCACGACCACGACCACGAAGACGAAGAUCGCGCACUCCAUGCUUGGAUCGGCAUAUCGCUCGUCAGCGGAUUCAUUCUGAUGUAUCUGAUCGAUAAAUUACCCGCUUUCGCUUCUCCGCCAAAACCCAGACGGACACCAUACCACAUCUCACUGGACAAUCUCGGAGGAUCUGGUCUACGAAGAAACUCUUCACCCACUCGCGAUGGAGGACUACUAGACCAAGAUAACAACAACAACAACAACAAUCACGCUGGUCACAACACGCACAGUUUCGCAAUGACUACUGGCCUGGUCAUUCAUGCUGCGGCCGACGGUAUUGCCCUCGGGGCAUCAGGGUCAAACUCAAACUUGAGUUUUAUCAUCUUUCUUGCACUUCUUGUACACAAAGCGCCUGCUGCAUUCGGUUUGACAUCCGUGCUUUUGAAGCAGGGACUUUCCAGUCGAGUUGCGGGUCGGCAUUUGCUAGUCUUCAGUUUGGCUGCGCCAGUUGGAGCUUUAUUAACUUUUAUUAUUGUGCACACUCUUGGUUCGGGGUUCGGGAGCGAUGAAGCUUCGAAUCGUUGGCGGACUGGGGUUCUUUUAUUAUUUUCUGCGGGGACGUUUCUAUACGUCGCGAUGCACACUAUACAAGAAAUCACGCCUCCAUCGACUCCGUCUCAUUCCAAUGGCUACGCCGACUCGCGCGAGACCCCGAAACACAAAGGAUCAAUCCAGGAUGUGGCAAUCUCUGUUGUUGGUAUGAUUCUGCCUUUAUUCUUGCAGAUUGGACACGCGCAUUAGUUGGGAUAUGCAUAAUAUCUUUGGAGUCAUCUUCAUAUUGGACAUUGCCUUUUCUAUGUUACUAUCUUCCGACUUUGUUAUAGAUUGUCUGGCUGUACUAUUAUUGUUUUCAUUUUCUCGAUAUUCAUCUAGAAAUGCUUGUGACGCCAUGGAUGCUUCACGAGAAUUGAUCCAUGGAUCAAGAGAUGACCCAGAUAUUA